ACGCCCGAUGCUGCAAUGGGCAUCAACCCACGGCCCAACAUAUCUCUGGAGGUUGCUUAUGCACCAUCUUCUGCGUUCGGAGAACGUGUUACUUUCACCCCCUUAGCUGAAUAUAGUGUUACUGAUAGGCAUGUGAUUUUCUAGCGAGAUCCUUCAUCCGUACAAUAAUUGCAACAAACCCUUGUGCGUGCCUAUAGUCCCGAUGCCAGAGGAGAUCAAAGGAGAACGGACGACAGUUCUGGCCGUCGCAAGUGUCGAAUCUCUGCUAAAACAAUACAGGGAUCAGAAGCUUGAUAAGCAUAUCUGAGGCAUAUAAAGGCCUCCUUGCUGAGCCUCUAAGUUGCAACUCUCCAAAGCACACCCAAUCUCAGCUGCACUUUGUGUUAACAAUACAAGCAAUGGCCACCGUCGUCAGAAAUCUGACCUUUCGUUGCAAAGAUCUCGGCAAGACGACAUCGAUUCUCCUCGCUUUCGAUGACAAGAUGGACGGUAUCUACAAGACAUACUUCCCUGUAGUUUGGAAAGUCAGCACUUUCAAAGACAAGGGACCGUACUCGAUGUCAGUCAGCUACUCGAACGACCUUGCUUUUGCGAAAGCGCAGGUCGCGAAUGGGAACCUCAUUAGCGCUUCGACUUACUCCAAGCUGAAGCCAGGCCAACAAACCACCCUGACCAUGGGAGAUGAUUCUCUCUUCAGUUUUUCUGAACCUGUGGCCGGUACCCCAGGUCUUCUGAAGGCGACUAACAAGACUGGGCUCAUUCAGGAAAUCGCAGUCGGCUUUUUUAACCCGCUUGACACCUUCAAGCCUUUCCCGGCGCUCUACUUCAAGCAAGUCGGAGACAACAGCCAUGUCAUGGCUAAGUGGAAACCCGUCUUGCGCGUCUACCUCGAAAGUGAAUAUCAAGAGUCUUCAGUCUUAGUCGGUGCCAUCGACACCGACGCAAUUUGGUCGCAGGAUCUCCACGCGCUCUCUCAGAACACGGUCUGGGAUCUCACCUGGGAUGCAGCCACUGGGCAUUACACGCUCACUCAGGGUGUUUGAGGACUGCCGAAUUGGUGUGCUCAUGAAUGCCGGUGUCUGAGCCUGACUCAGUUGGUUGUCUUGUAUUAUGUUUGCCUCUCGCCUCUCAUGUAACAACAGUUGUGCUAUGUUGGAUUGAUUGAUCUAUGUGUUUGCAAUAUAUGGCCUAGACUUUGAAUGAACG